AUGGCUGACGCCGUCAAGAUCUUCAAGAAGACUGCACCUAAUGGUAAGGUGACCGCUUACCUCACUCGGCGGGACUUUGUGGACCACCUCACCCACACCUCACCCGUGGAUGGCGUGGUCGAGGUGGACCGUGACUACCUCCGUGGCAGGCGGGUCUUCGCUCGCGUCGCCGUCACGUAUCGCUACGGACGCCCUCAAGAUGAGGUGAUGGGGCUGCCCUUCAGUAAGGAAUUAGAGUUGGUUAACAUCCAAGUUGCUCCCAAUGUCAGUGACGAGGAGCUCACAAGUGCCCAAGACAGCCUCAUCCAGAAACUUGGCGAUAAUGCCUACGCCUUCAGCGUCUCUCUGCCUCAGGACGCUCCCUGUUCUGUUACUAUUGACAACGGGGACAUGUCUAGCCAUCCUAUGGGUGUGAUCUACGAGCUUAAGCUCUAUGUGGCCAGCAGAAAGGUUGAGAGACCUCACAAGCAUAACUCUGUGAGCUUUUCCGUGCGCCGGGUUCAGUUUGCCUCCCUCGAACACAAUGUUUGCCGGCCCAAAACCUUGGUCAGCAAGAGCUUCACUUUCUCCCCCGGUAAGCUUGAGCUAGAAGCCAGCCUCGACAGGGGCAUGUACUUCCACGGUGAGGUUGUGGAGGCUCAUCUCAACAUCAGCAACGCCUCCAAGAAAACUGUCAAGAACAUCAAGGCUCAGAUUGUACAGGACGUGCAGGUGACGAUGACCAAUACCCAUUUAAGCCGGGUUGUGGCCUCCCUCGAGUCUCGCGAAGGUUGUCCCAUCCUUCCUGGAGCGAAAGUCACCCAGACCCUCAGCCUAGCUCCCCUGGCUUCCUCCUACAAGAAUCGCUUCGGGGUCGCCUACGACGGCCACAUGAAGGACGAAGACGUCAACUUAGCCUCUUCUACCGUAAUUCCUGCUGAUAGAACCGCCAGUGACACCCUGGGCAUUAUUGUGUCCUACUCUCUCCGUGUGAAGCUAGACUGUGGCGCCCUUGCUGGUGAGCUGCCUGCAGACUUACCCUUCAGGCUUAUGCACCCUGACCCUGGCGCUAAUAUGGCCACCCUCCGCAGAGUGAAGUUCACUGACAUGGAAAUUCGAAGACUUUGCUAG